AUGGCUCCCAAAAAGACAUCCAAGACGGUGACUCCUGACCGGCCACUCUGGUACCCAGGCGCCAAAUCUCCUGAGUGGCUCGAUGGUUCGUUGGUUGGAGAUUACGGGUUUGAUCCUUUUGGUUUAGGCAAACCGGCCGAGUAUCUCCAAUUCGAUAUAGAUUCCCUGGACCAGAAUCUGGCUAAGAACUUGGCCGGAGACGUGAUCGGAACCCGUACCGAAGAGGCGGCCCCCAAAUCGACACCGUUUCAGCCGUACAGUGAGGUGUUCGGAAUCCAGAGAUUUAGGGAAUGCGAGCUGAUUCACGGACGCUGGGCGAUGCUUGCCACUCUCGGCGCGCUCUCCGUCGAAUGGCUCACCGGCAUCACUUGGCAAGACGCCGGAAAGGUGGAGCUUGUAGAUGGAUCGUCCUACUUGGGGCAGCCACUACCGUUCUCGAUCUCGACAUUGAUAUGGAUCGAAGUGUUAGUGAUCGGCUACAUCGAGUUCCAACGCAACGCAGAGCUAGACUCAGAGAAGCGUUUGUACCCAGGAGGCAAAUUCUUCGACCCGCUAGGCUUAGCGUCUGACCCAGAGAAGACGGCUCAGCUUCAAUUAGCCGAGAUCAAGCAUGCGCGUCUUGCGAUGGUCGCCUUCUUAGGAUUCGCGGUUCAAGCGGCUGCAACGGGUAAAGGUCCACUCAACAAUUGGGCUACUCACCUCAGUGAUCCACUCCACACCACCAUCAUCGAUACCUUCUCCUCUUGA